UGCGGAAGUGUAAACUAGUAGAAGUUGACCCUGCUGUGUCUGUCAGAUAGUGUUGCUGCUGUAGCCGCUGUCCUGGUGCUAUUUGGGAAUCAGGGAACAAUAUCUGAUAGGAAUGUCUCUGUCAUUCGAGGGAAGAGUCGUGCUUGUGACUGGAGCCGGAGGAGGCCUUGGUAGAGAAUAUGCACUGGCUUUUGCUGAAAGAGGUGCCUCGGUCAUAGUGAAUGACCUUGGGGUAGACACUAAAGGGGGUGGAAAGAGUUCUGCAGCUGCUGAUAAGGUGGUGGAGGAGAUAAGAGCGAAAGGAGGCAAGGCCGUGGCGAACUAUGAUUCUGUAGAAGAUGGAGAAAAAUUGAUUCAAUCCGCACUGGAUGCAUUUGGAAGAAUAGAUGUUGUUGUAAACAAUGCUGGGAUACUUCGUGACCGAUCGUUUGCCAGGACGAGUGAUUUGGACUGGGACCUGAUUCAUAGAAUUCACUUGAGAGGCUCCUUCUUGGUGACACGAGCUGCUUGGAACCACAUGAAAAACCAGAAGUUUGGCAGAAUCAUCAUGACGGCUUCAGCCGCAGGCAUAUAUGGUAACUUCGGCCAGGCCAACUACAGCGCUGCCAAGCUGGGCUUGCUGGGGCUGGCAAACACCCUGGCCAUUGAGGGACAGAAGUACAACAUCCACUGCAACACUAUUGCCCCUGUUGCUGGGUCACGUCUCACAGAGACCGUCAUGCCCCCAGACCUUGUGGCGUCUCUGAAGCCUGAGUAUGUUGCUCCCAUGGUCCUCUGGCUCUGUCAUGAACAAUGCCAAGAAAAUGGAGGACUGUUUGAGGUCGGUGCAGGCUGGAUUGGUAAAUUGCGCUGGGAGCGUUCUCAGGGCCACACUGUGAGACAAAAGAACCAACCCAUGACUCCCGAGGCUGUCAGGGACCAGUGGGAUAAAGUCUGUGAUUUUACAGAUGCCACCAAGCCUUCUACCGUACAAGAGUCUCUACAGUCGAUUGUGAGUGUGCUGUCUCGAGUGGAGUCGGAGGGAGAAGUCGAUGCAAAUCCGACAGCAGCUGCAGCCUCUGCAGCCUCAGCUUCAGGGAUCAAUCCUACUGAGGCAGUGGGACAAAAACUACCACCAACCACAUUCAGCUUCAACCACACUCAGUGCAUCCUGUAUGCACUGGGGGUCGGCAUGUCCACAAAGGACCCAGACCAUCUUAGGUUCCUGUAUGAAGGCCAUCCAGACUUCGGCUGCCUCCCUACCUUUGGGGUCAUUCCCUCCCAGGCAGCCAUGAUGGAUGGCGGGCUGAGCUCAAUCCCUGGACUCAACAUAGAUUUUACACAGGUAUUGCAUGGAGAGCAGUAUCUGGAGCUUUACAAACCUUUACCAACCUCAGGUAAACUUACCUCUGAGGCCACCAUAGCAGACGUGUUGGACAAAGGAUCUGGAGCUGUCAUCCUGUUGGAUGUGAACACCUACAGUGGCUCCGAGCUGGUCUGCUACAACCAGUUUUCAGUGUUUGUGGUCGGAGCUGGUGGGUUCGGAGGGAGGAGAACCUCAGAGAAAGCCAAAGCUCCUCUGCCUCCACCUAAACGGGCACCAGAUGCUGUGGUAAUUGAUUCUACCACAAGAGACCAAGCGGCCCUGUACCGUCUGAGUGGAGACUGGAACCCUCUUCAUAUAGACCCCAGCUUUGCUGCCAUGGGAGGCUUCCAGGCUCCCAUCCUCCAUGGCUUGUGCUCAUUUGGCUUUGCUGCGAGACACGUCCUCAAGCAGUUCGCUGACAACGACCCCUCCAGAUUCAAGGCUAUCAAGGUUCGCUUUGUGAAGCCGGUGAUGCCGGGUCAGUCGCUCCAGACCGAGAUGUGGAAGGAAGGCAACAGAAUUCACAUCCAGUGCAAAGUGAAGGAGACAGAUGCCGUUGUGCUAGCUGGCGCCUACGUGGAUUUACACAGUGCAUCAGAGGGCUCUCCAGAAAAUCUCACUCAAGGAGGAGGCCUUCAGAGCGAGCUGGUGUUCGCAGAGAUCGGCCGUCGUAUUAAAGACUCGGGCUCGGAGUUGGUCAAGAAGGUCAAUGCUGUGUUCGGCUGGGAGAUCACCAAAGACGGCAAGAACGCUGCGCAGUGGACCAUUGAUCUGAAGAACGGCAGCGGCUCUUUGCAUACAGGCCCUUACAGCGGGAAGGCGGAUGUGACCUUCACAGUGUCAGAUGAAGACUUCAUGGAAGUGGUGCAGGGGAAAGUCAACCCUCAGAAGGCGUUCUUCUCUGGCAAGCUGAAGGUUAGAGGGAACAUCAUGCUGAGUCAGAAGCUGGAGGUCAUCCUGAAGGACUACGCCAAGCUGUGAGCUCCUCGGCCAACCAAUCAGAUGACUUGAGGAACCAACCAGCCUACCAGCUCUCUCCUUCUGUCUACUUUUCUCGUCCUGAUUCAUGUGUGUGUACAUGCUUUGCUUCUCGAGGGAAAGGCAUGAAAAAUCAGAGUACCAUUUGUACUACUCCAGAAUGAAUUCUCAUAUAAAUUAACUUUCAGUGUAGUUAUAAAAUGUACAGAGAUUGUAAAGAGUUGUUUUCUCAGUUACAGCACUGACGAGAGAAUCAGCAGUAAGUCAGUCACUUCAGCUGGUUGGAGUUUACUUAGUUGGGUCCUUUAUAGUCCGUCCUUGCUAAAUGUGCACUUAACACACCUUGCCUUUAAACAUCCAAAUAGGAAAUCAACCACCUGGUUUGCAUAGAUUUGAUCCAGUUUCACUAAAAAGUUUCAGUUUCUAUUAAAUAAAAUAUUGUAUUGUGUUUGUAGAAACAAGCGUCUACUACAUCGAACCAAAAAUCUUGCUGAACCCUGGGCAAAUGUAACAAUUACAAUCUACUUUUAAACCUGAAGUUAUAUUGUCUGUUAUUUCAUUCAUUCACCACAGUCUCUUAAGGCAGAAGCAGCUUUAUGUCCCUGAUACUGCAAUCACAACAAACUGUAUGAAAUGUAUACUAAUGUAGUUUUGAUAGUUAUGAAAAUAAUGUAUAAUAAUUGUAAUGAAAUUCAACAGUUGCUCCUCUAUUUGAAGGAAAUAAUUCAGACUAAAAGCUCACUUCUGUAUGUGUAAUAUUUUAGAGUUUUAGCCCGUUGUUAAGCUGUCCAACCACAACUUUUACUGUCUUGGUUCCCCGUUCUCAUAGCAAUCAUGUCCAGCAGCAGCAGGCAGCAGUUUUCAGUGCAAAAACCCUUAAAAACCCCACUGUACGCUACCUGCUCAUCACCAAACUGC